UUAAUGCUAGAAAUUACUGUCUGAUGCCAUUUCUUCGCUUGCCAUAUAAAUAUCGCACCCCGGCUGUGAUAAGCACAACAUUCGAGUUUAAUCCAUCAAACGAGAAACAAUGAAGACUUCUAUGAUCCUGCUACUGUGUGCCGCAAUCGUUUUGGUUGCAGCAGAAGACAAGAAGAGUUCCGCACCAGUCCACGAUGCUAAGCAGCAGUAUGGUCAGCAGCAGCAGCAGCAGCACGGCCAGCAGCAUGGUCAGCAGCAGCAGCUGAAGCAACAGCAUGCUCAGGACCAGCACCAUCAGGCCCCUGGAUCCCAACAGCACACUCUGAAGCACGAUCAGCAGCAGCAACAUGCACAGCCACUCCCAGCUCACAAAUACAAGCGUGAGGCACCAAAGAAUACUGCUGCAGGACACUCGACCACUGCUGCCCCGAAGGCGACCGUAGACCCGAAACAACCGUCGGUUCUUCCGGCUCUCGUUGGUCAACCACCGAAAACCAAGCGUGAUACCGUAGCCGCUCAACCUGCCGCACAGCCUGCCCGCCCAGCCACGAAUGUCCCGGCAAAGGCUGGAACUACCGGUGCGGCCAAUCAGCAGAGACAGCCCGCAUCUGGCCCCCGUCCUAAUGGAGCUAAGCUGAACCGUGAGCAAAGCUCAAACACUCCCAAAGCGACUACCAAUGCUAAGGCACCAGCUACCGUCAACCAGCAAAGCUCGUCCACGACCACAGCUACCCCUGCCAAGAAGGUCUAAAGUGCUGCUACAACAGCAUUGGAAGCGUUGAUGACCGAUGGCCGCUUUGUUAACAAGUUUUUUUUUAUAGAACACUGCGUUUUACAUAAAAAAAUAUACACUUUUCAAUUGCAUUUUCAUGUAAA